AUGUCCGGUUCCUCAAACGAUGGAGGCUCUCAACCCAUCCCAAUGAGUAGACCUCCCAUGUCCCUCCGAAAGCUCUCGUUAAGAUCCGUUCAUGGGACCAUCUAUGAAACCACUCCACCCGCUUCUCCGUCCUCCUUCAACUCCAUUUCUGCAGGCGCAGGAUCCACCACAUCUUCGGAUGUUGAAUGGAGAGCAAAGCGUAUGAACGGCAGCGUCAAUUCCACCUUUUCCAGUGUCAGCGACAGUACGGAUAGCUUACGAACUACUGUGCGGUUCUCACAGGAUUGUCGACUUAGCCUUAUUCACAUCCCACGCGAAUUAUAUCCGCACUUCUUGCAACCGAUUUUGAAACUAGUGCUGCCUCCUCAGGAUUCAAGGAAAGACGAAAAUGGACACCUGCCGGCCGUCGACGAAGAGGAUAGGUAUUACUCGAUGACAGAGAGUGGGUAUCAACCGAGUAACGGAAGUUCGGAUGUUGGACAAGUAUUCGUCAACGUUUCGAUAACACCGGUCGAGUGCUCUAUUGUAUGUGCACAUGAUACCGCCCAGGAAUUAUUUCAACCUCUACUGGAUGCCUUGGAGCCAGAACGCAGAGAAACCGUCGUAAUAUCUGAGGACGAUUAUGUAGUCAUCCAAGUUGACGGGGAAGGAUUCGACGCAGGCCAAAGAGUUCUCGAAUUGACUAGCCCAUUAGCCAUGGCUGGAGUAUCGAUUUUCUUCAUAACAACAUACUUUUCAGAUUAUAUCCUCGUCCCAGCCCGUAAUCGUUCUAAUGUAACAAAGGCUCUCCAACGACGAGGAUUUGCAUUUGAGAAGCAUAUCGACGCCUAUGUCACCCAUCACCGUGCUCCAAGCGAAUCACAACCGCCUACCCCUCCACCAUCCAUCACCAUCCCAGAACUUCAGGAGCGUACAUUUAACUCGCUCAAGCAGCACAAUAUAAGUCCACAAGUUAGUCGAGGCUCCGAGCUUCUCCUCUGCGCAGGCCGUCGGAGUACCAGUCUGACACCUGACGAAACAAUGCAUCUUGGGCUUGUGCAAUGUUUGAUUAAUAAACCGGAUUUCCUGUCUGUUACCCUAACAGAUACAGAGCCACCAUCUUUUCUCCUAGAAAGGCAUAUGCUCCGACUUUUCGGCCCCGAAGAUACUUUAUUGGGCAAUAAGCACGAAAUUCUAAUUCCGAUUGUCCUGGACCUCCGAGACUUACCAGUUGAAUCAACUGGUAUAGUAUGUGGUGUUGCAGGCCGUCUGUGUGGAGAUACUGGUGGAUUCUUGGAGCGAGCCGAUCCAGUCGAAAUGUCGUACCUUAGUACGGCCCGGGCUGGCACAGUCAUGGUGGCUGAAGAUAACAUCGAUAGGGCAAUGUCAGCCCUCCAGUUCUAG